AAGUAGUACAGGGGCAGUGCCUCUUCGCCUUCUAGCCAUCAUCGUGAGUUCACUGCGCCCCCUCUACCGUCCCCGUAAAAAGGCGUCUCGGAGGCCACGAACAGAGCAGAAAGAAGUCGAACCGCCUCAUUUCUUCUCCGAGAAGCGAAGUAUUUCCCCGCACUUAAACCGACCACUCACCGAAUACUGAUCACCACUUCUUGCUUUUCCCACUGAGCAGCGGCCACUUCGCCUUGCUUCGAAGCGGCCCCCUUCCCUUCCCUUCCCUUCCCUGCAACUGUGGCUUGCUCCUCCGCGCGCAAGCGGCUUAAGCGAGCGAGCGAGACGAGGACCGCGACCGCGACAUGGCGGAGAGGGAUUUGGGCGACAUCGUGCUCUCAUGGUCGGUGCCGGAGAUCAUGGACGACGACCUCUACAAGGGGCAGGUCGAGAAAGUUCCGUUCAGUUUUUUGUCACUUGACCACUACCUCAGAUCAUAUGUUGCACCUCUGAUUGAAGAAACAAGGUCGGACCUAUGCUCAUGCCUAGAUCUCAUCUCAGAAGCACCCUCAUCCAAAAUACUUUCGAUGGAGGCAGCAGAAAAAUCAAAACAGUAUUUUAUGGACGUGGACUUUUGGGAUAAUGGUGCUGGUUUUUCUACUGAGACUUACACUGCUAGGAACGGUGAUAUCUUUAUUUUGUCUAGCAUGGAACCCAAAGCUGCAGAGGACUUUAAGCGCUCCGAUGUGACAUAUUGCUUGUCUAUGGUUACUGAGGUUUCUAUGGAUGGUGAAUACCAGAAGGGCUUCAGAGUGAAAGCUGCAAAGGAUAUUGGUUUAGAAGGAAACUUAAAUAAACUCAGACAUGCAAUAUUUCUUACUAAUAUAAUGACAAACAUACGGAUAUGGAAAGCACUUCGCUUCGACACCAGCAUGAAUAACAAUUUUGCAGUAAUAAAGUCACUAUUAGCCCCCAGAAAUAUGGGUGAUGAUGUUUGUGAUAUCUGUGCUAAACAAGACAAGGACUGUUUAGCUGCUUUUGCAGAGCAAUUACUGUCUGUUAAUCUUAAUGGAUCACAACUGGACGUCAUUGAAUCUAUCAUCUCAGCUGUGCGAUGUAGGCAUUUGAACCUCGCGAAACUUAUAUGGGGCCCACCAGGUACUGGAAAGACCAAGACCGUUAGUGCUUUACUGUGGGUUUUGACCUGUUUGAAAUGCAGAACUCUUACAUGUGCUCCCACAAAUGUGGCUGUUGUUGGAGUUUGCACUCGAUUCCUUCAAAUUUUUAAGGAUUUCAACAAGCACAUUGACAAAAAUGGUCUACCUCUUUCUCUUGGAGAUGUGCUGUUACUAGGGAACAAGUGUAGGAUGGGCAUCACUGAGGAGCUUCAGGAAGUUUUCUUGGACUAUCGUUCGGAUGAACUUGUUGAGUGUUUUUCAUCCUUGUCCGGAUGGAGGUACAGAAUUGUUUCAAUGAUAUCCUUUUUCGAGGACUGUGGUUCUCGAUAUGAUAUGCUUCUUGAGGAUGAUGGAAGCAGUGGUGAUGUAUGCUUUCUGGAGUUCCUAAAGAGGGAGUUUGAUGUGGCAGCAACAGCCGUAAAGAAAUGCAUAAUAACUUUGUGGUCUCACCUUCCUCGAAAGUGCUUCUCGCGUGAUAAUGUCAGCAAUAUAUCUACGCUUUUAGGUUUUCUGGAAAAAAUUCGUGCUCUUCUAUGUGAUCAAGGUUUAACUGAUGAGGAUGUGAAAAGGGGCUUUGGUUUUCUGUCUGUUGAGAACUCUGUUUAUGUGAAUCCUACAUCUUUCAUUGAGAAGGAACUGGAUGGAGCAAGGUCCACAUGCCUUAGAUUGCUCAAAGAACUUCUGAAUUCACUAAAUUUACCCUCUGGAGUAGGCAGAGAUUGGAUUCAAAACUACUGCAUGCGUAAUGCAACACUUAUUUUCUGUACUGCCUCUAGCUCCUAUCGGUUGCAUAACGUGGAGAUUGCACCACUUGAUGUGUUAAUUGUUGACGAGGCUGCGCAAGCGAAGGAAUGUGAAUUGUUGAUCCCUCUACGUCUGCGUUGGUUGAAACAUGUUGUUCUGGUGGGGGAUGACUGCCAGCUGAGACCUAUGGUUAAAAGCCAAGUGUGCAAGGAAGCUGGAUUUGGAAUCAGUCUUUUUGAGAGAUUGGUUAUACUGGAUUUUGAAAAGCAUUUGCUGAAUAUACAGUAUCGCAUGGCCCCUUGUAUCAGCUUAUAUCCAAAUGCUCAUUUUUAUGAGAGGAAGAUUUUAGAUGGUCCAAACGUCUUGUCCUCUUGCUAUAACAAAGAUUACACAAACCUCCCUUUUGGUAGCUACACUUUUAUAAACAUCACUGAUGGAAGGGAAGAAAAGGAGGGCGCUGGAAACAGUUGGCGAAACCUGGUUGAAGUUGCUGUUGUAGUGCACUUGAUCAAAAUCAUCUAUAAAUCUUGGAAAAGAACGGGCCAAGGGCUCAGCAUUGGUGUAGUUUCUCCAUAUAGUUCUCAAGUUGAGGCAAUCAAAGGCAGACUUGGCAAAAAGUAUGAUACAUGUGAUGGCUUUCAGAUCAGGGUCAAGUCCGUUGAUGGUUUCCAAGGAGAAGAAGAUGACAUUAUCAUACUAUCAACAGUUAGGUCCAAUGGGAGGGGUGAUGUUGGAUUUCUUGCUGAUAACCAAAGAACAAAUGUUGCUCUUACUAGAGCAAGGCAUUGUCUUUGGAUUCUUGGGAAUGCUAAUACAUUGAACAAAAGUGGGACAGUUUGGACAGACCUUGUUGCUGAUGCUCAGAGACGUAAAUGUGUUUUCAAUGCCACUAAUGACACAGCCAUGUGUAAGUUGAUUUUGCAUGUAAAGCAUGAACUUGAUGAACUUGAUGAUCUGCUUUAUGCUGACUCAGCAGUUUUCAGCAAUACUAGAUGGAAGGUCAUUCUUAGUGACAACUUUAGAAAGUCUUUCACGAAACUAAAAUCUCCGCAGCUAAGGAGGGAGGUACUCCAAAAGCUUGUCAAUCUUGGUGGUGGUUGGCGGACAACUAUAAAGAACUCUGAUGCAACUGAUGCUUUCCAGCUUGCAAAAGUAUACAGGAUCAGGGGCCUUUAUCUUAUUUGGAGUACUGAUUUGGAGAAAAAUAAAAGUUAUUUCCAGAUAAUAAGAAUUUGGGACCUCUUGUCACACCAACAUGUUGCAAGAACUGUUCAACGUCUUGAAAAUCUUUUUUCCAUGUACACAGAUGAUUACCUUGAUCACUGCAGAAGAGUGCAGACAGAGGGGAAACUGGAAGUUCCUGUCGUUUGGGAUGAUGAGCAAAAUAUUAUUCGGUAUAAGAAGGAUACAAGAGUUGAUGAUCAGGGAGAUCAUGAUCAUGUGGACACAUCAUGUGCUCUGGAGAAUACAAAAGUUAAUGAUAGCUUCUUGCUGAUGAAAUUUUACUCUUUAUCAUCUGGUGUGGCAAAACAUUUGCUGACAGCUACUGAUGGUACUGAAAUUGAUAUUCCCUUUGAACUGACCGAUGAAGAGGAGGCGAUAAUUCGAUUCCCACUCACUAGUUUUAUACUUGGGAGGUCAGGCACUGGGAAAACCACUGUAUUGACAAUGAAACUGAUUCAAAUAGAGCAACUGUCCUUGAUUGCAUCCCAAGGGAUUGAUUUGGGCGAAGUUAAUUUAUCUGGGGCUGAUAACAAAAAUGUUAUGCCGAUGGAGGACACAAGCAAACCAGAAAGUUUCGUAAAACAAGUCUUUAUCACCGUAAGCCCAAAACUUUGUUCAGCAAUAAAGAAUCAGAUUCGCAGACUUAAAAGAUUUGGCUCCGGUGAUGUCUCUGAUCAGCCUAACAUUCUUCAUAUGCAUGAUAUCAUUGAUCUGGAAGAGUUUACAGAUAUACCUGAUAAUUUUAGUGAUCUACCAGGGGAGCACUAUCCUCUAACUAUAACGUACCGCAAAUUCUUGAUGAUGCUUGAUGGAACAUUCCGGAGUUCAUUUUUUGAUAUGUUUCAUGGUGAAUUUAAGUCUACCAUUGAAAGAGGGCAUUCCAAAUCUCGUGCGUUGCAAGCUUUUAUUGAAUUGAAGGAAGUUACCUUUGAGAAGUUUGCUGCUUCCUAUUGGCCUCAUUUCAAUGAUGGACUGACGAAGAGACUUGAUGCAUCAACUGUCUUCACUGAAAUAAUUUCUCACAUAAAGGGUGGAUACCAAGCAAACAGGCCCUCCAGUGGCAAACUUGAAAGGCUGGAUUAUGUGAUGCUCUCUGAUAAAAGAUUUUCAUCACUGAACAGUGAGUUGAGAGAAAGGAUUUAUGAUAUUUUUCUUGAUUACGAGAGUAUGAAGUGCACAGCAGGAGAAUUCGAUUUGUCAGAUUUUGUCAACAGUCUUCACAGCAGUCUGGUUUCCGAGGGUUACAAUGGCGAUUUGGUGGAUUUUAUUUACAUAGAUGAGGUGCAGGAUCUUACCAUGACACAAAUAGCACUUCUUAAGUAUGUCUGCAGGAACUUCAAAGAAGGCUUUGUUUUUGCUGGUGACACGGCACAAACUAUAGCAAGGGGUAUCGAUUUCAGGUUUGAAGAUAUUCGCUCACUGUUUUAUACCUCAUUCCUCUCAGAAAUCGAAGGAUGCAACCAAGGGACUAAACAUGGAAAACAAGUUCAUCUCACCGAUAUGUUCCAACUCACUCAAAAUUUUCGCACACAUUGUGGCAUCCUUCGCAUGGCUCAGAGUAUAAUGAGCCUCUUGUACUACUUUUUCCCAUCGUGUGUUGACAAGCUUAAUCCAGAGACUGGGCUUGUAUACGGAGAAGCUCCUGUGCUGCUUGAGUCUGUGAACGACGAGAAUGCAAUAUUGACUAUUUUUGGAGAAAGCAAAAGUAAACAUGGUAACCAGCUUGGGUUUGGUGCUGAGCAAGUCAUAUUGGUUCGUGAUGAUGCCACAAGGAAACAAAUUGUGGAGCUUGUUGAUAAGCAAGCUCUUGUCUUGACUAUUGUUGAAUGUAAGGGCCUCGAGUUCCAGGACGUGCUGCUGUACAACUUUUUCAGUUCAUCACCAUUAAGGAACAAAUGGAGAGUUGUGUAUGAAUACAUGAAAAACAAAGAUGUUAUAGCAUUAUCCGAAGAAAUCUCUCAUCCAGAUUUCGACAGAAACAAGCAUUAUCUUCUCUGCUCAGAACUGAAGCAGCUCUAUGUUGCAAUCACACGUACUAGGCAACGGCUCUGGAUAUGUGAGAAUGCAGAUGAAUACUGUCAACCGAUGUUUGACUACUGGAAGAAGUUGUGCAUUGUGGAGGUUAGAUUACUUGAUUCUUCACUCAUUCAAGCAAUGCAGUCAGGGAGCAGUGCCGAUGAUUGGAGGCUACGGGGUAUCAAGUUAUUCAAUGAGGGGCAAUUUGAGAUGGCUACAAUGUGCUUUGAAAAAGCCGGUGAUGCAUAUAGAGAGAAGUGGGCAAGAGCUGCUGGACUUCUCGCAACUGCUGACCGUGUCAUCUCCACAAAUUUGGAGAUGGGCCAAGCUUCCUUGCGAAAAGCGUCAGAGAUUUUCGAAUCUAUUGACAUGCAUGAAAAAGCUGCCGCUUGCUACAUCAAAUUAGGUGACUACAAGAGAGCAGGAAUGGUCUAUAUGGAAAAGUGUGGUACUUCAAGGCUUGAGGAUGCUGGGGACUGUUUUGCUAACACUCAUUGCUGGUCUCAGGCAGCUGAAGUGUACUUCAAAGCAAAAUGUUAUACAAAGUGUUUAUCCAGCUGCUCAGAAGGAAAACUUUUGAGUCUGGGUUUGGAGUUCCUGCGACAGUUGGAAAAGGAAAAUUUAUGUGAGAACUUCAACUCCUCAGAGGUUGCUGCAGUUAAAAAGACAUAUCUAGAAAACUGUGCUUUGCAUUAUUUUAAACAUGGAGACAUAAAGCACAUGAUGCCAUUUGUUAAGGCUUUCAACUCUAUGGAUCAUGUGCGUGCAUUCUUAAAUUCUAGGAAUCUUGUGGAUGAACUGUUGAGUAUAGAGAUGGAGAUGGGUAAUUUCCUGGAAGCUGCAGUUAUAGCAAAGCAUAAAGGAGAUGUCUUAUUAGAGGUAAACAUGCUCGAGAAGGCAGAGUUGUUUGAGAAUGCCACACAGCUCCUCCUCCUUCACGUCACUGCGAGCUCCUUUUGGGCUUCACAUAGUAGAGGAUGGCCUCCAAAAAGUUUUACAGAAAAGGAACAAUUGCUUGCAAAAGCGAAAGAGAUGGCAAAGCAAGUAUCUGAGUGCUUUGCUUGCUUGGAAGCAGAUGCUUUAUCAGAUACACAUAAAUCUCUUGCCAGAUUAACCUACAACUUGCUUGAGGGUAGAAAAUGUGGAAAGUUGUUUAUCGAAUUUAUUUCUGCUCGUUCGAUUAUUGAUGUUCAUCUUCAGUUUCAAAACUCUGGAUAUAAUUUUGAAUUAGAGCCAGUAUCUGAAGAUGAAAGUUAUUAUCACAAUAUGCUGGCCUGUAAUCUGGUAUCACCUGAAACUCUAGCGUGUGUUUGGGCCCACUGGAGGUCAAUUGUAGUUAAAGUGCUAAUGCACCUUCAUCAUUCUGAGUAUCCAAAAUCAAAUGAUUCUGCAUCUAUGUGUGAGGAUCUUUGUGCUAAGUACUUUGGUUUGAGAAAAGAUGGUGACAGUCGAUAUGUGGUGCUUAAUAUGGACUCAAGUUGGCUUUCUAACAUGGGAAGAAGUUUUUUGCAGCAAGAUGGCAGCAGAUUUUGGCUGGAUGCCCUCCAGUUCCAGUCAUGUGCUCAUGAUUUCUUGAUAAAUGAACUGUCUUAUGUUGGUUUCAGUUUACUCGAGAAAUUGGAGUCUUUAGUUAAAACUUCUCCAAAGAAGGCAUCAUCUCCAUAUGACCAGUGGAGAAUUAUCACUGUUAUAUAUGAAAUUGCAAAAUUUCUGAAAGAAUCAGAGUUUGCACAUCCAAAAUAUUCUAAAAAGUUAAGAAAUUUCUUCAUUCUCUACGAACGUCACUUCUUUGAAUUGCUUUGCUUGGCCUGGAGGGAUGAAACAACAAAGAGCUUUUUGCAUAUAAUUGAUACACCGGCUGCAUUUGGUUUGAUUGCGGAUUCACUUGGUUCAUAUCUUGGGCCAGCGAAUAAGUUGACUUAUGGGCAUCUCGGAAGAAUUACCAUGCUUCUACUCUUCACAGCACGAUUGGAUGAAAUGCUGCUUUCAAGACUUAUGCAAUACCUGGACAGAGAUUCAGAGUGGGCAAUUUUUUUUCAAUCUUUGAAGAGAUUUCUUGACAGUGGUGUUGGCAGAGCCCCCUUGAUCUUGAACUUUAAGCUGGCUCUUGAAUUUACUUUCAAUAUAAAUUGGAGGGCUGAACCAGACUACAUAUCUCCGUUAUGUUAUGUGGAUCUCAUGGAGUCCCUUGCUUUUUUAGCUUCGUCACAUCUUGUAUUGAAUGGUUGUAUGUUCUGCACGAAAUCUCUGUUGAUUAAGAUGUUGAAGAGUUGUGCUUGCAAGGAUUACCUCAGUACCUGCCUGGUUUCUAGCGCAGAUAGCCAAGAUUUGGAUUUGGACGAUACAGCAUUCUUAUCAGGACGUUUCAUAUACAAGUCCAUCAUUGAUCUCUUGAAAGACAAGCGUAUGAUUCAAGAGUGGUUUCGGAAGACUUCAACUCCAACUAGCUCAUACAUUCCAGUCCUGUUGAGACUAGUAGUCACGCUUUAUCUGGUGGCGACAACUCUUUCUUCGGGGGAUUGCUACGAGGUCAGUAAUUUCCUCAUGAGGUUCAGAGUUUUCGAGGACUUACCUUUGGAAUUCUCUGAAAAGAUUGUACAUUUCCUGAAAAUGGGGCCUCGCAAACAGAACAACUUCACAAGAAUAUUUGCUGAUGCACUCGCAGCAAUCGGAAAUCGCAUGGUAGUUCUUAGGUCACCAAAAGGCCGGCCAAUCAGUCGUCACUUGAAUGCUUAUAUAGUUAGCUGUGCAGAUUUGAGUGAUGUUAAUAAGGUAAUGGCGCUUCUUUGUCCAGAAGAGCCAAGUGUUGUAAAGCAGGAAUCUCUGCUGCAAAAAGAAAUCAAACUUGAUGGUAACAAAAUCUGCAAUGUUACUUUUGGAAAUCUCCCUGCCGCAAGCGCCCAAGAAAACAAGAUGGAGACUAGAUGUGAAAUGCAUUUGAUUGAUGAUAAUAUUCCCUUUUGGGAGAAAUUUGAGUUGUUUCAAGUCUUGAUGCUAGGCGGCCAGAAGGAUGCAAGGUGUAUUAUUCAAUUCCUUAGAACUGCCCUUUCUUGGCUGGAGCAAAGAGGCCCUCCAGACAAUAUCUAUGCACAACUUUUGGAAGAGAUCAAGCACAUCUGCAGUCAAUUUGAAGAACAGUAUGGGAAGAAGAGAGCUUGUCCUACUGUCGAGGACCUUUACUCAAUGUGGAAAGAUGGCGAAAACAAGCUGCAGGAGAUCAUCAGUUUUCUGCGCUUUGAAAGAGGUUCCGUAAAAGAAUCUGACAGAAGGGCUGAAUCGGCACCUCCUGCCCAAUUUCACACGGACAGAGACGACGAAUGGAGUGAAUGUUCAGAUAAUGAACCAGAGACAGGAGGAAGAAAUGCGGUGGAACCAGCCAAGGAAGAAGCAACAGCUGUCUGCUCCACUUCAAAAAAUAAAGCGCAGAAGCAGAAAAACAAGAAGAAAUCAAGAAAGUCUACGCGCAAGGGCAAGAAGUGAGCUGCUGUAGCCUAUAGCCCUGCAGCUGUAGUUUCUUUGUUAAGAAGCCUUCACCUAUCCCUUCUCUGUAAAACCAGCAGCAAGGCUUGGCUUGCUUGGAUGUACUGAAGAAUUAUGUCGUUGCCUUAAAUCUGCUAAUAGCUUACGGUUUAUUUUAGUUCUGUAAAGUGUAUUGUUUCCUCUUCUGUUUACUGUGCUGAAAUGCUGAUGGUUAUGCAUUUUGCUUCUAGAUCAUGGAUUGGUUCCAACUAUAA